AUGAAGUUCCUCGUUGUCUUCCUUACCCUGAUGACCGCCUCUGUGUGGGCAGUAGCAAUUCCAGCACCCGAGCCGGAGCCUGCUUCGUCGCGAAACGUUGGUGUACUCGCCCCGGUCAAGGUUGUUAGUGGCCACACCCAACAGCCACUGGACUGCGCGGCAGUCGACCUGGAGCUCCAGGUUUCGGGCUCCUGCAUUUCCUUUGCCUUGUACCUGGUGCUACAAGCGUAG